AUACAACCAAUAAUAUCAACAACAAUAACUUUAAAUAAUGGCUACCUGUAUAUGCUAUCACACGAACGGAUAUCGCUACAAUGCUGAACAUUAAGGCUAUCUUGGGGAUAAGCCUUUUCAUAACUGUGCUACAUAGCCUGGUAGUGGUAGAAGCAAUGUAUCACAAUGACUGCAUGAUUAAAUGUAAGUCGACGGGAACUAGUAUCGUAAAGUGUAGGGUAGCGUGCAAGAUUCCAAAGGAUGCACAGGUGAACGGGAUAUGUUGGAAUGCAUGUAUUGCAGAGUUAGGAGGUUCCCAAUUCAAAAAAUGUAUGACAAUAUGCAUUUUGAAAACGGGUUGUUAUUGGAAAAAAUGGACGUCAUGGAGUAGUUGCUCAGAAUGUAUUCCUGGUCGACCAAGGCUGACAGAGCCGCUUGAAAUGGAAGAUCUUGAAGAGGAACCAAUUGAAUUAAUUGAGACUAGAGAUUUACACUCUCCGCUCGUUCCAAUAAGGUGUGAUGGUAAAAAAACGUGCACAAGACGUCGUAGAUAUUCGUGUCCAUUCGUCAAGUUCGAAUCGUACGAGGGCUGUAAGGGUAGUGACUUUGAAGAACAAACUCAAGAGUUUCCAUGUUAUUAUUCGUCAAUUGCGUGCUUGUUUUCGGAUUAUUGAAGUCAUAAAUGUUAUAUUGAAAGAAACGUGCAUGCCCAUUUGUAGUGCCAAUUAUAAAAGUAAAAGGACCAA